AUGGCGGUACCUCGGAUUCAAAUCGCCGCCGUUAUCGAACCUACUAAGACAGAUGCCUCCGCAAAGGUGGGGAUCAGGAGCAAUCGUCCAGUACCACUUCCAGGAAAAGGCGAAAUCCUCGUCCAGCUCGAAUAUUCUGGAGUGUGUCACUCGGACAUUCACAGUAUCCGCGGUGAUACACCUAUGUUGACUGAUGUGGCCGGUCAUGAAGGCAUUGGCAAAGUAGUGGCAGUCGGACUGGGGGUUGAUGAAAUUCAAUGGAUGGGAACGUGUGUCGGUAUCAGGUGGCUGUAUAGCUCCUGUGGCCAGUGUGAGAUUUGCGAAAUCAAUCAUACUGCGUGCCCAUAUCAGAAGAACGCUGGUGCAAAUGUACCUGGGACCUUCCAACAGUAUAUUGUCAGUCCAGCACAACAUGUAACGAAGAUUCCGGAGCAGCUUUCACCGGACAGUGCUGCGCCUCUUCUUUGUGCUGGCAUUGCGAUGUAUUCUUCUAUCAUGAAGACCAAGACUCGUCCGGGAGACUACCUCGCUAUUCUUGGCGCCGGCGGUGGCCUUGGUCAUAUGGGAAUCCAAAUCGCCGCGAAGAAAGGCCUCAAAGUCAUUGCGAUAGACAGUGGUGAGAAGAAGAAGCAACUCUGUCUUUCUCUUGGUGCCUCGGAGUUUUUAGAUUUCCGGGAAGUUGGCAUUGUCAAAGAAGUCAAGGCCAAGACAAAGUUCGGUGUUCACGCUGUGAUCUGCACUGCUAAUGGCGAGCGAGCAUACGAGCAAAGUAUGCAAAUGUUGCGUCCGCUUGGCACACUGGUUUGUGUCGGUAUUCCCAGCAGCCCGUUCAAACUGCCAGCCACACCGUUCGAUAUGAUUGUCAAGGGUCAAACUAUUGUCGGGAACUCUGCGGGGACAGCUGCUGAGAUGGACGAGCUUCUGGCGAUGGCAGUAGCUGGAGAUGUCAAGGCGCACAUUGACGUCUACCAGCUGGAUGAUAUCAAUGAGGUAUUGGACCGCCUGGAGCGCUCGGAGAUCGACGGCCGUGUGGUUUUGAGGAUCCCCCAGUAG